AUGUUUUCUUUUGCUUGCUUGCUUUUCAACAAUUUUACCGAGCAGAAAGCCUCGUUCGACGCUCUAACCUUGGAUUCUGCUUACGUUGAGGCAGAGUGCUACACCAAUCCGACUGGCACGGACUACUACGGGUACGUUUCGCAGACCGAAGACAACUUUGUGUGUCAGCGGUGGGAUGUCAACUAUCCUAACAAGAGAAACGAUGCUAAGAAGAGCAAACCACGACACAACAAACUAGUCUUCGGAAGCCAUAACUACUGCAGAAACGACGGCACGGGUCCUGAUGGGGCUACCAAUAGACCAUGGUGCUGGAUCGCUGAUCCGGUCGCGAUCGAUGCUGGAAACAGAUGGGGCUACUGUGACACAGAGAAGUAUCUGAGCGCCUCAUGUCCAAACAAAGGCAACCCUGUUGGCCAGGACAGAGUUGGGAUCUUCCCUGAGUGCAUGACCACCGCUCUCGGUAUCGAUUACGCAGGCAGCGUGAACGUCACCGAGACUGGUUUACCGUGCAUGGAUUGGGCCGAUCUAAAUGAGGCCAACAAAUACAACGCCGCUUUCAGUGACCAAGGCAACAAAUGCCGGACACUAAGUGACAGUGACCAAUGGGGGCGCCCUUGGUGUUUCGUGACGACGAGCCUGAGCGAGAAAUGUCGGGUCAAGGAUCAUUACGAUCAAUGUUUCCCAGCCGUAGCUGCUUAG